AGAAUAGUUAUUUUCUUUUCUAUAUUUGUAUCUGUAACUACGGCAAAUGAUGUUUCCCUGCCUAUGGUUAUCACCACUUGGGGUAGUGAUGGAUUUGCGAAAGCGACUAAAACUGCCGUCGAUGCUACUCUAGCUGGCGGUCGUAUGUUCGGCUUGGUAGAGGGAUUGUCAACCUGCGAAGCUCUCCAAUGCGACACGACCGUUGGAUUCGGAGGAUCACCCGAUGAGAAUGGUGAAACCUGUUUGGAUUCGUUGGUUUUCGACGCAGAGGGAAUGAGAGUGGGAGCUGUGGCCAAUCUUCAUAGAAUCCGAGACGCAGCACGCGUGGCUUGGGGUGUGAUGAAUUAUACAAAACAUACAUUGUUGGUUGGAGAGUCGGCUACUCAAUUUGCUAAGAAAAUCGGAUUUGUUGAAACUGAAUUGACGACUAAUGAGACAAAGUCGUGGAUUGAGACUUGGAAGAAUCAGAAGUGUCAACCGAACUUUUGGAAGAAUGUCUCCCCAGAUCCAUCCGGUUCGUGUGGUCCAUACAAACCAAGUCAAGUCUUCUCAUCUAACAGAAACCGCGAAGCAGGAUACCGUGUUGAAAAAACUAACCACGACACCAUCGGCAUGGUUGUCAUGGAUCUUAAUCAAAAGUUCAGUGCUGGAACGUCAUCAAAUGGAGCUCGAUUUAAAAUUCCUGGUCGCGUCGGCGAUAGCCCUAUUCCUGGAGCAGGAGCUUAUGCAAACGCGUUUGGUGGAGCAGCUGCUACAGGAGAUGGUGAUGUGAUGAUGAGAUUUUUACCUAGUUUCUACACAGUUACUCAAAUGGAAUUAGGAUCGAAACCGUCAAAAGCUACCCAUAAAGCUAUACAGAAGAUUCUAGAUGUGUAUCCCAAGUUUUCAGGCGCUGUUGUGGCGAUGGAUGCUCAUGGACAUACUGGAGUUGCAUGCGCCAAUAUUCCCAAGUUCGGAUACAACGUGGCCUAUAGAAAUGGAACAGUCAAACUCUUCCAACAACCUUGCCUU